CAAGUGUGUGAAAAAAAUGGAGGAACUUCCAUAUGCUCUGAUGUCAUACAGUGACGGGUCCCGUGGAUUUCCAAAAAACUUUGAAGCUAUUGUAAAGAAGCAUUUCCAACUACUCUACCUGGAAGAAUUUUCCAAUAAUAAGAAUAUGUAUGCUCCAAACAUACAAGCUCUCUUAGUGUGGUGGCACCUGCCUGUAGUUGACAAAGAACUUCUGGAUUCUCUUCCCAGUCUUAAAGUUAUAGCAAGCUCUGGAGCAGGGGUAGAUCAUCUGGACCUAAAGUUGAUCACAAAUUAUGGUAUAACAGUCAUAAAUACACCUGGUGUAGGAGAUAAUGCCACAGCAGAUAUGGGAAUGGCUUUAAUGUUGGCAUCUGCUAAAAAUGUAGUAGAAGGGAACAGAAUAUCAUGUUCAUCAGACACCAAAGAGUUCGAUUUCAACUGGGUGGGUGAUGAUAUCACAGAGGCCACACUGGGCAUCAUUGGAAUGGGAAGCAUUGGCUAUUGCAUCGCUCAGCGAGCUAAAGGUUUCAGGAUGAAGAUUCUCUACCACAAUAGGAACAGGAGAACUGUGGAAGAAGAAACGGAAGUCGGAGCUGAAUACUGUAGUAACAUGGCUGAUUUGCUUCAGCAGUCUGACUUUGUAAUGCUGGUUGUCAGGCUGACACCAGACACACACAAUUUGAUUGGUCGAGAGGAAUUUCAAUUAAUGAAGCCCACAGCCACUCUUAUCAACAUUAGCAGAGGUCAGGUAGUUGACCAAGAUGCCCUGGUAGAUGCCUUAAACAGAGGAGUAAUUAAGGCUGCCGCUUUAGAUGUCACAUACCCAGAACCACUGCCAAGAAAUCAUCCUUUGCUGACAGCAAAGAAUAUUAUUGUGACACCGCAUAUUGGAAAUGCAACAAAUCAGACAAGAAGAAGAAUUUGUGAAAAAAUUGUACAAAGUGCGUCUGAUAUCCUUAAAGGUCUUCCAGUUCCGGACACAGUGACGGCUCCAUAACGUAUAUUCAGUGCACAUAGUACCUGUAAUGCUGAUCAUGGAAGUACAGAACCGCUUGACAAUGACGUGCACUAUUUCUUUUAAAAGUACAUAGUUCAUCUAGUAAUUGUGCUUCCUGGAUGGUCACCUCUGCAGUUUUCAAUUAACCUUAAAGGGGCUGUCUUUCCAAAGCCAGCAUUUGUUAUAAAAUAAUAAAAGAAGGUGUAUUCACCCAUUUCAUCCAUCGCCACUUCCAGCGCUG